CCUCUGACCACAAUCCCUUCUUGUUAAGACACCAAUAUAUACAGAACAAUCGAACCAAGCCACGAGAAACAAGACACAGCCUCAGACGGAACCAACAGCACCCAAAAUACACAACACAACACAUCCCAUCCCACCAUGCCCCUCUCCCUCUGGUUCAUGGUCAAACCAGGAAACCCCUUCGAAAAGACCUCGCAAGAACUCAUCUCCACCACCAUCCCCAACCUCCUCCUCCCCGCCGACCAAAUCCGCCCCUUCCCACCCCACAUCACCAUCACCUCCGGCAUCGAGCUCCCCGCAUCAGGAAAGUCCCCCCAAGAAUGGCUCGACAGCAUCGACUGCACCCCUUACUCCCCACAACAAAACGAAGUCCUCCUCGAACUCGACGAGCUCGUCGCCGAAGACCCGUACUUUCGGAAAUGCAACAUCGCGCUGAAGGAAAACGCCAACCUCCGCUCUUUCGCCGCGACGUGCCGGAAAGCCGCGGGGUUCGAGGAUGCGGAAGCGUGGGCGAGGGAUGAGUAUCGGCCGCAUUUCAGUUUGUUGUACGCGGAUAUUCCGACGAAAGAGGUCAGGGCCAAGUUGGCGUUGAUUGAGAUGAAGAUUGGGUUCGCGGUGGGGGAUCUGUUUGCGUGCUGUGGGGGUGCGUUGUGUUUGGGUGGGAGUAUGGUUUUGGUGGAUACGAGGAGACCUGUGGUGGAGUGGAAGGACUCGAUUGUGGCGACGAGGGAGACGCCGUUUACUAUGUGGAGGGUUACGAAGGCGUUGGUUUGA